CUUAAUACUAUGCAUGUAUGUCCACUGUGCAGGCACACAUGCAAAGAAGCUGUACGCUAAAAUUAAGAUGAUUAUUAGAUAUCAAAUUCUCCUGCUUGUGUGACAUCAAAGCUGUUAAAGUUGCCGUGCAGAGAUAAGGAUUAAACAGCAUAUGACUCAACGCUGGCAUGGAAGACUUUUCAAGAUAUUGGGGAAUUGACAGGACCUUGUUUCUUGUAUGUUGCAUCGUCUGUAUAUUUUUACAAGCAGAAGGGAACAGCACUUCCAGGAUGGUCGGGAGCACAGUGACCCUGCACUGUAGCAAUAACACAAUCGGCGACCUCCUUCAACUGACAUGGAAAAGAAAUGGGACUCUUCUGUUUAGUUUCAGGCCACAGAAAGCCUCAAACAGCGGCUCUGUCACCUUAAGCAGUAAUCAGAAAACCUCAGGCAGCAGAAUAAUAAGGUCUCCUGCAGCUGCCACCCUGAAUCUAAACAUGUCCACCUUAGAAAGCCAAUUGUACCCACUAAUCAUAGAGAGCGCCCAGAAAAGUCACACAGGAAACUACAAUUGUGAAAUGACCACAGACUCAGGACUCUUCGAACAGAAAUGGGAGCUUGUGAUUACAGGGAACAGCACUUCCAGGAUGGUCGGGAGCACAGCGACCCUGCACUGUAGCAAUAACACAAUCGGCGACCUCCUUCAACUGACAUGGAGAAGGGAUGGGACUCAACUGUUUAGUUUCAAGCCACAGAAAGCCUCAAACAGCAGGUCUGUCACCUUAAGCAGUAAUCAGAAAACCUCAGACAGCAGAAUAAUAAGGUAUCCUGCAGCUGCCACCCUGAAUCUGACCAUGUCCACCUUAGAAAGCCAAUUGUACCCACUAAUCAUAGAAAGCGCCCAGAAAAAUCACACAGGAAACUACACUUGUGAAAUGACCACAGACUCGGGAUUCUUCGAACAGAAAUGGGAGCUUGUGAUUACAGAGAACGCUGAAGCUGAAAGUCCAUUUAAAAUCAGCAAAGUUACAACAAUUGCAAUUAUUGUACCUUCGCUAUGUUUCCUGAUCUUUAUAUUAACUGCUGUGAUCAUUCUCAGAGGAGUCUGCAAACGACGUUCACAAAGUAUCACCCAUCCUCCUAGAAGGUUGGUAAGUGCGCGGGAGCCGAGACAACCCACUUAUGAAAACCUGGAUUUUGAAGGUCGCCAGCAAUGUGGACAAAUUCAGGUUCACCCUUAUAAAUACAGGGCGGAAUGCCUAGUAAAAUAAGGCAUACCUCUUUUAAAUGAUCAUCCACUUUAAGCAGCUUUCUCCCUGAAUAUAUUGUAAUGAAGAGCACAAUCUGUACUUGAAGAUGCAUUAUUUUUUUUUCUCUGGGUAACUGAACACCAGUCAGAAUGUGACCUCAUCGAUUUGUAAUCAUAAGUUGACAGUUGACAGUACGUACCUGUCAGUUUGUACAGGAUGUGUAAAUCCUAAGCAAAAUAGCUUUUUUGGAGCUCCUAAAUGCACUGUUAUUCACUCACUGGCUAAUGUUGUUUUAAAUGAAUUCAGUUUUAUUUAUACAAGUCCAAAUCACACCCACAUGUCAUCUUAGGCUGCUUGUCUAGUAAGCUCAAGACUUUACAGUUUUACAGAGAGAACAAGUGCCCAUUCAUUAUGCUCUCAGUGCUGCAGUUUAUCUCUAAUGCGAAAGUAAAACUUUAAACUUGACGCAUUUGAACAUGAUAGGGUAGUUAGUGCACUCAUCUCUGAUGCUGUCUCAUGGUUUAAUGUAGGAGAUGCAGAGAGAACCAGAUCAAAGAUGAAUUUAUUUAAUUAAUUGAAGAUUUUCGGUGAUAAAUAAGACUACACAAACCCUGAUCACUGUUUUUGUAGUCUUAUUUAUCACCAUCUGUGUAUGCUUUGAUUUCAUAAAUCAGACUUGAAGGCAAAUAUGUUACAAGUAUAUUUAUUGUUUUCUCAUCACCGGGUAAAUGCACAUAAAUUCCCAUGACAAUGCAAAAAACAUAGUUUAUGCUGGUGUAAACUCAUAAACGAUCUACCUUCUGUGAUUUUAGUGCGAUACGUCUCAACAGGUUACAUAUAUAAAAAAUAUUCUUUCAUCAGAGAUUGUAUAUCACUGUUAAAGCACACUGUAGCAACAACCCCAAAAAGUUGGGACACUGUGUAAAAUAAAAACAGUAUUCAAUUAUUUUGCCUGUAUCUGUGAUGGUAAAGUGUUGCAUUAAUUAGUGCUUAUGGAACUGGCAGCUUGCAUCUUUAAAGACGCCUUCAAUGCUAGCCAGGUUAAAGGAAAUUCAACUUUAUGACACUGCAGACUCUGACUUUAAGCUUUACACAGCUCACUAACGCAUUAAUGGCACUUUGUACUGCACUCAUUUUGACUGCAUUCUGAAGAGGAGAAACAGAGAGUCAAUAAGAUGGUACUAAGGUCACAUUUAAAGACUCUGCAUGACUCAGUGGAACAUAUCUCACAUACUUCCCUUGUCUGUGGUCACUGGUGUGAAGUGGCGUAGAUGCUUAAAAAAACAAAACAACCACAACUCACAACAGUGUUCUUUUUUUUAGGUCAAGAAACUGUUUAAUUCCAGGCACAGAUGUAGGGGGUAAUUUCCUGUGAAAUUAUUUUUCCAAUCGUUUAAGAAAUGCAACAAUAAAAUCUAAAAGUGCAAAUAGCGCACUGCUAAUGCAAGUAGCUUACUCAGUUCAUCAGCUGGCAAAGUGAAUGAAGAGAAAACUUAAAAUUCAUGAUGAGGGCAUUUUAAAAGAGAAGUGCAGUGCUUAAAAAAUGCUUCAAAAGACACUAACAGUACACAUGAGCCAAGUUUAAACUCAGCAAAGUCCUACUGGGUAGAGCUGCCCACACUGGCAGUCCACACCUCUAAUUUUAAAAAGGCUGCAAUAAAAAUAAGAAUAGAUAAGUCCUAAAGAAGAAAAAACAUCUCGCUCAUCCAUAUUAGGUUAACUGGGGAUUCAAAAUUGCCCAAAGGUGUACAUGUGAGUGUGAAUAGCUGUCUGUCUCUAUGUACUGUCUCUGCAGAAGACAUUGUUGAACCCCUCCCCCCACAGCCCAACCUGAUUUGAAUAAGCAGUUGACACAUUGCUCCAGUGUUGUUGUUGUUGUUGUUUUGAAUAUGUAUCAUUUCAUGUGUAGCACCUGUGCUUGUCAGUAUAAAUGGCUCUGUAGAGACUACAUUGAUCAGGCAUAACAUUAUGACCACCUGCCUAAUAUCAUGUCUGCCUCUUUUUCUGCUAUAACAGUAAACAAUUCCAAUGCACUGUGUAUUCUGAAACCUUUUUAUGUGAACCAGUCUUACCUUUUUUUUGGCACUUUGAGCAACAGUAAGUUAUCUGUUGGAUCAAAACAUGUGGGCCAGGCUUUGCUUCUCACAUGUAAAAUGGUCUGUAUUUGUAUAGCGCUUUAAUGUUCAUUUGACCCCUAAUAUAUCCCACUCAGUAAGACGUGACAUGAUGAUCAGCGUUAUUAACGCCACCUGUUAGUGGUCAUAAUGUUAUACCUGAUUGGUGUACAGUUACAUUACAAUCAAAGCCAUAACUUUUGGAAACUGAAUGACUAUUUUGUACAGAUUACGUCUUUUGCAGGCACAACUGUGUAUACAGAAAAAUAGAAUGUGAGUGUUGAGUGUAUAAAACAAUGAAA